AUGUCUCCUCCGAUCAAGGCGUCUCGACCGCUUAGCGAACGCCGCCGACCCUCCUGGAACGUGGUGGCCUACCGACGAGCCAUACCACCCGUCGACGAUGGCGGCGACGUUUCGCAGAGACCGAACGGGAGGCAAACCGCUCGUCGCAUGACCGUGCCGGUUUCGACGGGGGGAGAACCGCCUGUCCCGUGUCAGGUGCUCCCCGCUCGCCCCCGUGCCGUCGACCACUCGUGGCCGGUGGCGGAUCGACUCGCGUACACGCAACAGCAACAGGCAUUUCAUAUGGAUGGCGAGGCCGCUGCGCAUCAGCUACAGCAGCAGGAGCAGCAGCAGCAGCAGCAGCAGCAGCAGCAGCAACGGUGGGAUAUGCUGCAAUAGUUUGCGGUUGCGAGAGAGAGAGGGCGGGAGAGGGAAAGGAGGAUGAGAGGUGUAAUAUGGAACGCACGCACAACGACUAUGGGGCUUAGUUUUGUGCUGUAAGGGAACCCUUCAUUUUUGGUCCAUUGCUGUAUCCGUGGCGUGAUGCUGUGAUGGUGCUACGGCAUUUCCGGUGAUGCCAUCAAUGUUCGCCUUCUCCAGGUCAUCGUUAUUCUCGUGUUUCGUGUCACGGCUGAAGCACUUCUUCUUCCGAUAUUGUAUUGCUUCGUCGGUAUCGAAUACAUCGAGCAGGUGUUGGUCUGUAUGUAUGCAUCAGCGGUUCCUCCCCCCCAAGUUUGUUUUUUGCCGCUUCUGCGCGUACAGUGUUGAGCGGUGUUUUCCAGUGCUCUGCCGGGAAGGCCUCUCUCACACGUGGGAGUUCACCUGUCGUCCGUGUAAAUUUUCUGGUGUCGGUAGAUUAGGUAGAUUUGGCCGCGCGAGCGGCCUCCUCCUUCCCCCGUAUGUUUGUUUUCGCCAUCUUUUUUGUGCUCUGGGUCGCGUAUACAACGUCUUGGGGCACCGGGAAAGGUUGACUAUUAGAAGUAUUAUUUGUACCAUCUGAGACGAUUGUUUCUUUUUGUAUUUUGUGUACGGCGUUGCUUCGAUGUCUGGACGUGCCCCUGGCGGUACGGAGAAGGGAAAAAUGGGCUUGAUGUCAUAUAUAGCAGGGAAGAUCCACGCGCGGACGUUAUGGUCUUUAUUUGCAAGAAACAUCACAAGUUCUCCGGUGCAAGAGAUAUCAUUGAUGUGUUGCCCGUGAUGUAUUCGGAGGGACCGAAUGAGUACCACCCCCCUCCCCCUUAUUGUCAAGUGGCGCCGUCUUUGAUUGUACGAUCUGUGCCUCGUUUCAGGCGCGUAGCAAUAUGCUUUUUUCGACUUUGCGCUCGACGAGUACUUGGUUUGCCUUUGCUCAUGUUGUCUCCCGCCAUGAUCGACUGUGCCAGUACACACGUACCCCUAUAUAUCUGUAAACGCGAAAAAUUCAAGGCAUGCAUACGUGUGUCUCCCAAGAGAGUCACCGUCGAGGGUACACGGCGCGAACAUUAUUCUCUGGGAUUCGUACAUACAGUAUUCGGGGGGCGGAGAUAGGAAAUGUCGAUGUCGGGUCUUGUUUCUUAACUACUCUCGUAGAGUACAGUUUUUGCUUAAGACUAUUAUAGAGGUUAUAAAUGUUUAUGUGUAGAAUCCUCCGCGGAGCUGUGUUUUACCCAAGUACAUUAUAUUUCGUGGGCGUUUCUCUCUUUUUCUCGGGGAUUUUCAUGGCGGCUGCGG